AUGAUGAUGUCUACUGCUGCCGGCGCCCGCGCCGCUGCCAUUCCUACCUAUGUGACUAAGGUGAAGAACACAUUCCUCGAGCUGGAUGAGCCUGAGGACGAAGUGGUACGAUGUGCCCUCCGGCGUUGUGCGUCUGCACCGCCUGGGAUGCAGGCUGACAACGUUGCCUUGCGGCGCACCAUUCCCGACGAGGUCGUCGCGGAAAGCACGCAGUCGUACCAGCAGGUACUGUUGAUCCCUCAGAAGGACAUUCUCGGGCACGAUGCACAGGCAGCCAAGCCUGUGCUGACGUCAAUUCCUGUGGCUCAGACAGUUGUGGACGUAAUCCUCGAUCUUGCGUCGACGACAGGAGGUCCGGCCCCGCCACAGCCAGGUUGCGUGGGGCAUCCGGACAUGUGCCGCCGCCCGUGCUUGUUCUUCAAUGCCGGCAACUGCAGCAACGGGAGCUCCUGCGAGUACUGCCACAUGCCCCACGAAUCCCGCGCGCCGCAUCUCGACAAGAGGCAGCGUGUGCUGGUCGGCAACCUUUCCGAAGUGCAGCUCAUGAACCUUCUGCUCAUUUACCUGCAGGAGCGUGCUGAGCUUGGUGGCUUCGCCGCCCAGGCAGGAGAGGUCAUGAGCCUACUCCGGGAGCGGGCCGGUCUGGAACCAGGCACCGAGCCGGUAAUGCCGAAGCUUCCCCGACAGUGUCAGCCCAAACUUCACUACAUGAUGCAGAAGAUGACGUUUCAGGCCCUGAUCGGGUUGGCUUUGAAGUCGCGCUACACCACCGACACCUUCGUUGCAGAUGUCUCAGGAGCACUUGCGAAGAUGAGGUCCGCCAUGCUCGCAGCUGCAGCUGCCGCAUCUUCUCCAGUGGAAUUGGCCAUGCCAUGA